AAUUUUACCCCUUAGGCUUUGUUUAGAUACAACUUAAAGCCACAUCUGUACAUCAUAAUGUGUGAGUGCAUCUCUACCCACCUGGGUCAGGCUGGUGUUCAGAUUGGCAAUGCCUGCUGGGAACUCUACUGUCUUGAACACGGCAUUCAGCCAGACGGACAGAUGCCCAGCGACAAAAUCAUUGGAGGUGUAGAUGAUUCCUUUAACACCUUCAGUGGGACUGGAGCUGGAAAGCAUGUCCCCAGGGCUGUGUUUGUGGAUCUGGAGCCCAUUGUUAUAGAUGACGUCUGCACUGGAAAAUAUCGCCAGCUGUUCCACAAUAAGCAGCUCGUCACAGGGAAGGAGGAUGCUGCCAACAAUUAUGCCCAUGGUCACUACACUAUUGGUAAGGAACUGAUUGACCUAGUACUGGACAGCAUCCACAAAAUGGCUGACCAAUGCACAGGUCUCCAGGGUUUUCUGGUCUUCCACAGCUUCGGUGGUGGAACUGGUUCUGGUUUCACUUCCCUGCUGUUGGAACGCCUGUCUGUUGAUUACGGUAAGAAGUCAAAGCUGGAGUUCGCUGUCUACCCAGCUCCUCAGGUGUCUACUGCUGUGGUGGAGCCCUAUAACCCCAUCCUGACCCCCCACACGACCUUAGGGCAUUCCGACUAUGCCUUCAUGGUGGACAAUGAAAUCGUCUAUGACAUUUGCAGAUGGAACCUUAAUUAUUAAGUGUGUCUUCUACAUGCACCAACAUGAAAAGGCUGAUUAGUCAGAUUGUGAUCACCAUCACUGCCUCCAUUCAAGACCAAGCGCACCAUCCAGUUUGUGGCCUGCUGUCCCAUUGUGCUCAAGGUAGGCAUCAACUACCAGCCUCCCACUGUGGUUUCCAGGUAGAGUAACACAUUGCAUAGGCCUGGGCUUGUUUUGAUUAUAAAUUUGCUUUGAUCUAGUGCUUUUGUGCACUGGUGUGUUGGUUAGGGUAGGA